AUGGUUGACAUUGCGACAUCCAGCUCGUUCCGCAGCAUUGGCAAACCAAGCUACAUCGAGUCAUUUGCAGACUCGGCGGCUCAAUACUGCGACGCCGAUUCCUCGGCCAGCCUCACAUGCUUCAGUCACACCGUCGAUCUGAACGGGCGCACCGACUCGUUCUGUGUAGCGAGCCCAGCAACCAUAGACCAGGAACUGCAGAGGUUUGUGGUGGACUGUAGCCUCGAAUCUCAACCCAAGACUCAGCACGGCCUUCCUGCCCCAUCGUUCCACAGCUUCCCGCCGUACUGGUACAACACUGGGCCUGCCAAAGUCCUCAAAAUGAUGGUCAGCCUGGUCAGACGUGGCCAAGCCCCUGUGCGGGCACCUUUCUUCGAUCAGCAGCUGCCCACGGUCAUUCUCGUCAAGCGCGAAAUCGCCAACUUCAAUCUGUGGCACAAUCUGAUGGAAAUCAUGUCAACUAUGCACAGUCUCGACGUCAUAUCGCGGUGGCAGGACGUUGCUGACUGGAGGGUUGAUCGGGUUCACGCCAAUACCAAAGUAAUGAUCCUGGACGAACUCGAAGAUGGCCCGUAUCAUGAUCUCUGGCAUGCUAUCACUCCCAGCCCAGUGCUUCGAUCAAAAGACAUCCUUACCCUUCCCCCGAGCAACAUCGUCAUCUCCAUUCCAGGUGGAGCAAACCCUUUUUGGCAGGGUGAUUGGAUUGACCUCGACUGCAGCAGCUCAUCCCUGCUCGAAACCUUCACUGACCGUGUCCUGACACAUUUCAAUCUCACAGCUGCCUCCACGGCCUUAUCCCAGCCACUGACAGUCACAUUUAUCGACCGCACUACCAAACGUCGUCUUCAAGACCAAGCUCGCCUCAUUGACACUCUCAAAACCCGACUUCCUGGCCAUGUCAUCCAGGUAGUCGACUUCGCAGCACUUCCAUUCCGCGACCAGAUCAACGUGGCUCGCAAAACCGACGUCCUCGUGGGCGUGCACGGCGCAGGUCUCACGCACGGUCUGUUCCUGCCUCCCAAAUCAGCCAUUGUAGAGUUCAUGCCUUUCAACCUGGAUCACCGAGGGUUCAAGAACAUGGCCAAGAUGCUGGGACACCAGCAUUUGGGAGCAAAAACGCAGGAUCUGUCUGACCGUCAGGGCUCAAACAGACAUAACGACUGGCAGAGCGAGGACGUGAAAGUUGAAGACGAAACUUUCUUGCAUCAGGUCACGACUGCAGUCAAAGCCGUUGAAGCAAUGAGACGGCAGGGCACCAAGUGA